AUAUGUAGUGAGUGCAUGUUUCUGUUUCUCUUCAGGAAUUUUGUGAAUACUUUUAUUCAGUUUAAGAAGCCUAUCAUUGUAGCAGUAAAUGGCCCAGCCAUUGGACUUGGAGCGUCUAUAUUGCCUCUGUGUGACGUGGUUUGGGCUAACGAGAAGGCUUGGUUUCAGACACCAUACACUACUUUUGGACAAAGUCCAGAUGGAUGUUCAUCCCUUACAUUCCCUCGGAUAAUGGGCCUGGCUUCUGCCAAUGAAAUGUUGUUCAGUGGAAGGAAGUUGACGGCGCAGGAAGCUUGUGCCAAAGGACUCGUCUCUCAAGUGUUUUGGCCGGGAACAUUCACACAAGAAGUAAUGGUUCGAAUUAAAGAACUUGUCACAUGUCAUUCAGUUGUACUUGAAGAAUCCAAAGCUUUAGUACGUAACAUCAUGAAGGUGGAGUUGGAACAAGCAAACGAAAAGGAGUGCGAAGUUUUGAAGAAAAUCUGGGGCUCAGCACAAGGGAUGGACUCAAUGUUAAAAUAUCUGCAGAACAGAAUCGAUGAGUUCUGAUGAGAUGCCCAUUGACACUGGAAUUGUAUUUCUUGGACAUCAGGGCAAACAAAAUAUGCCCAUUUUAAAAAAAAAAAAACCUAUAUAAACUAACCCCUUGUUCAACUUGGGAACAGGAGUGGACAUACACACCCCCCCCCCCUUUUAUUGUCAAGGGGUUUAAAAGUACUGUAUCACUUAAAUUUGAACAAAACUCCUUUUUCCCUGAUUGUUACAUGCAGAUAUAUAUACACACACACAAGUGUAUGUGUGUGCAUAUAUAUAUGUCUUUUAUAUAUAUAUAAAUGUAAUAUGUGUGUGAGAGCGUGUACGUAGACACACACACACAAGCUAAAAAAUGAUAGAGUGCACUACCAAACAUCUCUUUAAAAGCUCUAGUUUUUGUUAUCUUUGGCUAGUACUGUAUCAAAUAGAGAAUUAAUUAAAAAGUGAAUGGUGUUGCAUUAUUUUCUGUGUGGCAGGGAAGUCUGGAAUAAUGCUUUUCUUUUUCAUGAGAAUACAGAAUUGAAACGGGUAUUAGCCAGCCCUUACUUUCUCUGCCCAAUGAGUCAGCUAAGAUACAAGCUGUUGUCUCAGAAGAAGGUUGAAAUACCUCAAGUAACGGAACAUUCUGAAAUUUUGGGGAACUAGACCCUAUUAUGGUUAAAUCACACAUAUCCCCAAAAAGAGAGUGUGCUCAGGAUGAUUGCUAAGAAAACACUCUGUCCUUUUUUGGGAGGGAGGUAUAGAGGGGUGGGAGGAAGGGGGCAGGAAUAUGUUUGAUUCUUACCCAGACAGCAUGAAGAAACCACUGUCUCUUAGGGAAGGGGAAUGAGGGAAAGUGGGAGGGAAACGGAAGGGGAAAGGAAAAAAAAAACACAACACAAAAAAGCUCGUUUUGCAGUAUUAGUGAAUCACUGAAUAUCUUAUGUAUGAAUAUCCUAAGUUAUAAGUUAGUUUUAGUGGGUUUUUAAAAAGCCUCUCUGGGUUUGUUUUUGUUUUGUUUUUUUUUUUGGUUUGUGGGGGGGUUUUUUGUUUGUUUUUUUUUUUUGUUUCUUUGUUUUGUUUUUUUUAAUAACUACAUAAGUGCUUCUGUUGCUGGGUGAGAGUACUACUUUAUAUACAGUUUGGGUUUUGUUUUUGGUUCUUUUUUUUCCUAUUUGCUGGUUUAAUUGAUGUAUUACACCAAAAAUGCAUUUUAUGUUCAUAAAUUUUAGUUUCACUUAGAAUAUAUUAUUUAAUAAGUUAAAAUUCUUUUGGCACACUAUUAAGUAAAAAAACAAAAAACCUUUUAAAAAAACUACCUUAUAUUAGAUGUUUAAUGUUCUUUGUCUAUGCUUUUUUAUUAUUUGAAAUAUACACUAUAUGCAGUAUGGUGUAAAAGAGUGCCCUGUGUAAAUAGACCUAUUUUGCAUUCCUUUCAGGAGUGGUUAUUGAUUCCUGACUGCAGAUAUCUAUUAUUACUUGGGUAUCUGUGCUUGCAAUCUUAUUGAAUGUAUUAUGAAGAAUGAAAAUGAAAUCAAACCUUAUUUUUGUACAGUUUUGAAGUUUUUACUUGGAACUGACCCACCUCCCCUUCCCAGUGGAGAGCUGUACAGUGUGUAAAUCUGCCUUUACCUUGGAUUGGUACAGUAUUUUUGCAUCUGUGGGACCUACUUCUUUGUUCUAGUAGUUUGAACUAUAUAUAAACUGUACAAUCUGUAAAGUUUUUAUAGAAUAAAUAUUCAGCUGUGAAAACUGGUUAAAUAAAACUAAUAUUUCUUAACACAUUUUAAA